AUGGCCUCUGAUCAAACCGAACACCAACAACAACAACAACAGACUAUCCACAAGAAAGCAAACUCAAACAACCAACAAGAACAACAACAACAACACAACAACAACAGCAACCCAAACUCACUCAACUUCACCAACCCAAGCCUACUCAGCCCACCACCAACACCCACCUCAUCAUCAAACCCAUCAUCAUCCAUCCAUCGAAAACAUUCAUCAAUCAACCCACCCAAAACCACCGAACAACAACAACAACAACAACAACCCCAACCAAAUGGACUCCGAAAGAUCAGAACAUCAAUCCUACGCUCAAAGAAAAUAUCCGCACCCAUCCUCCAAUCAACCGACUCACUCAACAUCCUCGCUGAUCUUCAUCAUCCACUCACCAUCGACUCCACCGUCCGAUUAGAACCAACCAUCCCAUCCACUACCAACAACAACGUCAGCAACAUCAACAACGACGAAGCUAAUGACCAUCUCCUCGACUUACCCUCAGCCACCAGUCUCCCCGCAAAUAAUCAACAAACCCCGAAUCUCGCGGCCUGGAUCCUCGCCGGCUUAGGAAACCACAACCCAGAUAAUCUGAUUCACCACAUGGCCAACCUCCCCCCUCCCGUCCCGCCCCUGCCCGCCAACGCCACCGGCUUCGGCCAGAACGCAGACGGAACCCUCAUCCCCCCUUCCACCUUCUCCUACUCCUCCUCCAAUAAUAACCCAAACUCGCCCCACCAACGCGCCCUCCGCAAAUCCUCAAAGACCAUCUCCUCAAACUCCUCUGGCUUCCUCCAGUCUCGCACCAGUCCUCACAACUCUUCUUCCAAAUUCUUCUCCUCUUCCUCCUCUGCCUCCUCCAACCAAUCCACCCCCAAAUCCGCCUUCUCCAGUCUCCCGUUCUCCAAAAACCACCACCAUCAUCAUCAUCCCAAUCAGCCAAAGAGCGCAUCCUCCUCCUCGUCCCCCCUCUUGGAGACUCAGAGAAGCUACAGUUCGAACUCCAUCAAGGUCUCCAAAUCCGAGGUCGGCCCUGAAUCGUUCGAGAAGAUCCGUCUCUUGGGAAAGGGCGACGUUGGCAAAGUCUACCUCGUUCGCGAGAAACUCCCACCGCCUCCAUCCACCAAAGAUCUCCCUCCCUCUUUGACUUCGACAACCUCCACCGACGAGCUCGGUCAUCUCUUGGUCCCCAACCCCCACCACCAGCAUCAUCAACAACUGGCUCCGAACCCGAACCCCCCAACUGAACGCCUCUAUGCUAUGAAGGUCUUGAAUAAAAAGGAAAUGAUUCAACGUAAUAAAAUCAAACGCGCUUUGGCCGAACAAGGGAUCUUGGCGGCUUCUAAUCAUCCGUUUAUCGUGACGCUUUACCACUCCUUCCAAUCGGAAGACUAUCUGUAUUUCUGUAUGGAAUAUUGCAUGGGCGGCGAAUUCUUUAGGACCUUACAGACUCGGCCGGAUAAGCGGCUGCCCGAAGCUGACGCUAGGUUCUAUGCCGCUGAAGUCAUCUCCGCUCUCGAAUACUUGCAUUUGCAUGGAUAUAUCUAUCGCGAUUUGAAGCCUGAAAAUAUUUUGUUGCAUCAGUCUGGACACAUCAUGUUAUCCGAUUUUGAUUUAUCGAAGCAAUCAGAAGUAGGAGGGGCACCAGCGGGGGUGAAGAUGAUCACGCCGGAUGGUGUCCCACUGAUCGACACACGUUCGUGCAUAGCCGAUUUCCGGACGAACUCGUUUGUAGGCACGGAGGAAUACAUAGCCCCGGAGGUGAUCCACGGGAACGGACAUUCGUCGGCGGUUGAUUGGUGGACGGUGGGCAUCCUAGUGUACGAGAUGAUCUACGGCUACACGCCUUUCAAAGGCCCCGACCGUCAAGCCACCUUCGCCAACGUCCUCAAACGCGACGUCUUCUUCGCAGACCUCCCUCUCGUCUCUGGACUCGCUAAAUCUAUCAUUAGGAAGUUGUUGGUCAAGGAUGAGUUGGCUAGACUCGGCUCCCUCACUGGGGCCUCCGAAGUCAAACAUCAUAAAUGGUUCGCUUCCAUCUCCUGGGGCUUGCUUAGGAACUGCAAACCUCCGAUCAUCCCGCCGGCUUCUAAUGCCAUGGACGCUACUAAUUUUAGGAAGAUCCGAGAAUCGAAUUCCUUGGAUCUCGAGUCCCAAGCGCUCAAAGCCCAUCCCAGUCCGUCGGCCCAACCGAUCCAAUUAUCGUCCACCACCAGCACUCGUUCGUUGAAUGCGCGAUACAACAACAACACGAACCCUAAGAAUCCGACGACAAAGACGGUCAAGAAGAAGAAGAGUGUCUUCUUGUCCCAGUCGACUCCCCCCUCAGCUACUGCUACUCCUUCGCCCGAAUCUGUCAAUUCCUUAUCUUCCUCCAUCAAUGCCGCCCUUCAUCCUCAUUCGGGCAAGAGGAUCAAACCACAGAAACAUCGGCUUGCUCAUCUUUCUUCGUCCUUGAACUCGAAUGGCGUUGCUCAUCUAGGCGAUCCAGCUCAUCAUGGAUACAUGGAAGAAGAACAGGGACCCAGAAGCGGGAGAGGAUGA